AUGCCUCAGUCCGCCGGUUGUCAGCCACUGCCAUACGGCGUCUUGAACCAAGAGAUUCCGGGGGCUGUCGGCGAACAAGACGGGGCGUUUGGUAUCCCACGGAUCUGGCUUCCCACGCAAGGACCUUACCGUUCACCACCCACAUUGCCGCUCAUUUCGAGCCUGUUCGACCUUCGCUUGUCCAUUAAGGACGGCCCACCAAACAUCGUUAUCCGCAGUAUUCAACGAGCGAAGACAGCCUCUCAGGAUCCCGUGUCAUCUUGCUACGUCUGCACGCUUGCAUUCAUCCGCUCCGUGUUUGGCUGUGCUGCUCGACACGCAUAUAUCUUUGUUGCGAGCAACCACGACCGUUUCGUGCCUUCUCAUAGACCACCGCUCUCGCCCAUCGCGAUCAGUGUCGACGUCAUGGGUCUCUUCGACGUUGGCUCCCUUCGAGUCAAGAAGUUUUCGCAGCCAAAAGGUGUUUCCAACGACAGCGAUCUCAAUUCAUGGCGCCAGACCGGCGACAGCUCUUUCUACUCUGAUGCACGCUACGGCGCCUCGACUCGAUCGCUCUCUGCCAAUCAUGCUUCACAUCCUCGCUCUGCGCAGGAAGCUUUCCCAUCGAAACGUAGCGUAUCGAGCGCCACUCCGAGAGAGAAUGCCAGGCAGAGCAAGCUCGAACGCAUGAUGGGUACUGGCGUGCCCCACGUCCAAGUCAUCAGCCAUCAGGAUCGUCGCGCACCAUCGGGCAUAGCCGACCGGGGCCAAGGUAAUGCGGACUCGUACCAUCACCGCAAAGCGCUGUCACCCGUUGCUACGCACAACAAAGGUCUGAGUAGGACCGUGUCGAUCUCCGAGAUGAGCGAGAAUCCAUCGGCCUACUCGCGCGCCUUUUCCACCGACAUUUCCAACACUGUCAGAGCCGCAACGACAUUCACCGAGAUGUCCGAGGUCGACUGCCCCGUCUGUCUGGAGCCACUCUCGCACAGACUCGCAGGCGAAAAGCCCCACGUCGUCCCCAGCUGCGGCCACGCCCUUCACAAUGCUUGCUUCACUGCCAUCUACGGUCCUCCUGAAGCGUUGCUGGCGGCUCAGAACCCGGGCAGCAGAUUGCGCGGAGCUGGUUCGGCCGCAAGACACAGCAUCGGCCCUCCCGGCAUGUGCGGUGUCUGCCGAAAACCUAUUGCGCUCGGCGAAUCCAACUCGGCCAAGUCGCAAAAGCUUGCAGGCAUCAAAGCGCUGGCCGACGAUCCGUUAAGUCCCCCCUCCACGCUCGCGUCAGGUGACCAGACUGCGGUGCCGCAAGCCCACGCAGACGAUCCUCUCGAGUCGCCGCAACCCAUCCGGCCUCGCCACACGAUGAGCUCGGCCGCUUCCUUCUCAUCCAGCUCGUCCAGCACUCAGACUGUUCCCACCGUUCGAGCCAGACCGGAAUUCAGCACCAUCUACUCCAAAUCAGCGGGACAACAAGCCUCAAAAGUCAACGUCGUCUCAGUCCUGUCCAUCCAAGUCCCCUCGCGUCGCUCCGCGUUCGACACGCGCGACCACGCGCUAGACACCAUUUCCGACGAGUAUGCGGAAGAGAGCAUCAACGAGGCGGGACGCGAGGACGACGACUCUGUCUCGGACGAUCUCAAGCAAACCAGCCCUGGCUACAACGCCGACGGCGCCAACAGUUUCGGCACCUCUGAUCGAAGUCGCAGCCCGAUGCCAGACGCUCGUGUUGGCUUCACCGAGCAAGGCGACAAGCAAAAUGUCAUGGCUCGCCCCGAUACGCCGGAGGAUCAGGCCUUCUCGUUCGCAGCUACGCCGAGCGCGCCUGCUGCUACCGAUCCGAUACAAGCUGUGCUCGAUGAUCUCAAGCAACGCGUCGCCGACUGGAAGGGUCACUCGAUCGAGCACUUUGGCCCCUUGGUCCUGCACGACUUGCUCAACAUCAGGCAGGACUCGGUCAUCCGCGAGUUCCACGUCUACCUUUUCCAGGAAGCAUUGCUUUGCGUCACCGAGGAGCGACGUAAAGGUCUGGGCCGAUUCAUGGCCAACGGCACCUCCGCAAGUGUUGCUAGCGGCGCCGGCUCCGUGGAAGCAGAGACGGGCAAGCCAGCUCUCAAGCUGAAAGGCCGCAUCUACCUCCGCCACAUUCGACGCGUCCUCGACACGACCGUGGCGGGCGAUCACACUCUCAGCAUCACAAUGGACGACGACAACCUGGACCAAUUCGUGCUGUGCUUCCGAGAGACAGAAACCAUGCGUGUGUGGCAGUCGCGUCUCAAGGAGCUCACAGAAACUGUGGGCAAGUCUCCUGCCAUGCAAGCUGCCCCAGCUCUGCCGCCUGCGGCUGACAACAGCUCCGACGCCCAGGCCGCUUCGGAAACAGCCAAACCCGCUGACGCUCCAGGGUUGACUGCCCAGCGCGCAAUCGUGGCGCCACCCCUCACCAGCGCUGCUUCCGUCUUGAGUGGCAAGACCGGCUCUCACCACGUAUCCGUGGCGGCGCUCCAACCGCAGAAUAGCAAGAGAUUGUCCAAUGUCUCGUCCAGCCACCACAGCAACCAGGGCCACGCCUCAAAGGUUGCCAACCGAGUCUCGAUUUCAAGCGAUACCGUGCCUUCGCAACAGCAAUGGUCAAGCUCCGGUGGUCUGGAUCCGCGAAUCCCUCCUCCCAGCAUGCUGCCUCACACGCCGAUAGACCUCGUCAUUAUGAUUUCCGUACCAUCGGUGUUGCCAGAGCACGUUUCCGGCUCGAUCAGCUCCUCGGCGGCCCUCAAGCUGCGCCUCAUCCGUUCCACGCUCGACUUCGUCAUUCACAGUCUUGGCCCCAACGAUCGCGUCUCUCUUGUCGCUUUCACCGUCGGCAUCGAUGGCGGGGUCAAGAGGACUGGACUGCUCAACCCGCACCGUGAAGCAAGCCGACAGCUUCUGCAAGAAUUUGUCCAGAACAUCGGACGUCCAUGGGAGACGCAGGAGGCCGAUCCAUUCAGCGUCGAUCUAAGCAAGCUCGGAGGUUCGAGCGAGCGCAUCGACUCGGUGACCGCGGUCAAUGUCGGCCUCGAUGUGGUGCUCGGCAGGAAGGCCAAGAACUCUGUGACCAGCAUGAUGCUCAUCAACGAUACCUCGGACGGACCAAAGCGGAAUCAGAUGGAUCUGGUCAUGGCGCGGGCUGAAGCGGCCAACGUCGCUAUACACUGCUUUGGAUACGGCAAAACACACGAUCCUUCGUCGCUUUGGCUUCUCUCGAAUCACACACGGGGCUCGUACACCUUCGUCCGCGAGUGGUACCAGCUACGUGAAUGCAUUGCUGGCUGCCUCGGUUCUACCAUGUCGGUGGCACUGACCGAUGUCAAGGUCCACAUCGGUGUUCCCGAGGAUAACUGCUUUAGGAUCCGCAAGAUCGCAGGAUUGCCGGGCGCCAUCAUCUCGGCAUCCGGCAAGGACGUCGACAUUGACAUUGGCGAGAUCAAGUUCGGAGAGGCCAAGGAUCUGCUUAUCGAGCUCGAGCUUGAUCUGGCUAGCCUGUUGCCGAGUUUGAUGGCAGACAGGCAGGACAACAAGAGCAUCGGUCCCGGUCCCAUCGAGCAAGGCAGUGCCACCGACGAUUUCAUGCAGAGGAUGGGCAUCCAGAAUCUCAGCAUCGUGGAUUCGGAUGGCGCUGAAGCCUUCCUCGAGCAGAUGGUGGAAGAAGUGGGUGUGUUUGAAGCCGAUCUCAGCUUCAAGGACCCUGCUACCGGGCUGACCACAUCGAGGCUCGCCAAUCCGGGCAUCCUGACACUCGAGAUCGACACGCAUUCGACGGAUCCUUUGACAAACGGACCACCUGGCUUGGCGGCCGUGGUAGCCGAGCCAACGGUCACGCGUCGACGACUCGAGGUGUUGGUAUCCGAGAUGAUGACCCGGUCCCUGUUGCUCAUCUCGCGCAAAAACUAUGGCCAAGCAUUGCGAGUCAUUACCGAGACGAGACGCAUCAUCGACACCGUGGUGCAGGCGCUCAACGGUCCCAACCAAAACAAGCGUCGUUCGCUGGUGGUGCAUCGUUCCACCCAGAAGAAGGUUCGCGAGGCGGCCAACCAACGCACCAUCUCGUCACUGAUGGCCAUGAUGAGCGAUCUCGACAUCCUGAGCGAGGGAUUGGAGCAUCAACAUCGAUCCAGCUUCGAUCGCGAUGGCAGGAACUUUGGUGCGCAGCAGGCAAUGAUCCUGCGCGAUCAAAAGGCGUGGACUACGCGAACGGAUACCGAAUAUUUACACUUCGAUUCAGAUAACGCCGCCGCCUUUACCGCAUGGUCCGCUUCAUUCGCUUCCAUGCGAUGA